AUGGGUAAACGAAUCAACAAUGGAUCCUUGAGGGAUUCAGCUCCCAUGAUUGAUUUCCCUUCUCAUAAUCUAUUGGGGAGACCAGCGGAAAGGUUUGUGGAGGUUCGUGAGAAAGGACAGCGAGCGGGUAGUGGACUCUGUUGGGAUGGACGACGUGGAGGUGGCAGUAGGCAGCCAGAUCAAUACGGUUAUGGAACAGAAGCGUCAGCUCUAGCUCCUACUGAUUCUGAUUGGUCAAGCAGUGGAAGCAAGAGGCAGGCUCUUCUUGAUUCAAACAAGUGGAGCAGCAGUGGUGCUAGGCAGCCUUCUUCAGACACUGUUCGCUGGUGCAGUGGUAGAACUAGGCCUGAUGACUGCAAUCUAUCCAGUGACAGGUGGUGUGAUGGUAGCUCAAAGUCCAUCUGGUCAUCAUCUAAGCCUCACAGACAAUGA